AUGGCCGCACGCGCACUCAAUGAUGAUGAGGUCCUCAACGAGAUGAACAAGAUGGUGGCAUUCAUCAAGCAAGAGGCAAUGGAGAAGGCCCGCGAGAUCCGUGUCAAAGCUGACGAGGAGUUUGCCAUCGAGAAGGCAAAGCUCGUGAAGCAGGAACAGCAGGCAAUCGAUGCCCAAUUCGAGAAGAAACGCAAGGGUGCUGAAACGGCGCAGAAGAUCACACAAUCGACUCUUACCAACAAAUCCCGACUCCGCCUCCUGCACGCUCGCGAACAAGCACUCCAAAACCUCUUCCAAACCGCCCGCACCCAAAUCGUCUCUCUCGCCUCCGAUUCUCCAGACCAAUACGUCCAAUUCCUCGAGGGCGUCAUCGUACAAGGUCUCUUGCAACUUCUCGAGCCAAGUGUCACUGUAUACGCGAGGGGGAAGGAUUUGGAGGUGGUGCAGCAGGCGGUGGAUGCCGCAAAGCAGAGGUAUGGAGAGAUUAGCGGAAGGGAGGUCGAAAUUGAAGUCGAGGGUGGAUUGGACGAGGAGUUGGCCGGCGGUAUCAAGCUCAUUAGUGGAACGAAACGGAUCACGCUGGACAACACGCUCGAUGAACGUCUGCGGCUUUUGGAGGAUAGGAUGCUUCCCGAGAUCAGACACGACCUCUUCGGACCCAACGAGAACCGCAAGUUCUUCACAUAG